UCCCUUCCCUCCCCUGCUCCCCCGGGCGGCCGCACGCCGGGUCGGCCGGGUAACGGAGCGGGAGUCGCCAGGAAUGUGCCUCUGGGGACUGCUUGGCUCGAGGGAGGAGAGAAGGUGGCCGCGGCGGCCGGAGACGUGCGGAAGCCGAGAGGUAGCGCGGGGGCUGCGCCGCCGCUGCAGGCAGGAGAGGGAUGCUUCGAGCGAGGCGCGUUCCACCCGGGCGAGGGCUUCAUUCUUCCGCGGCGCCCCUGGAGGACUGGAGACUGAUGCAUGAGGGGCCCACGGAGGCGCAGGAGCGGUGGUGAUGGUUUGGGAAGCGGAGCUGAAGUACGCUGGGCUUUGGUGAGGCGUGACAGUUUAUCAUGACCGUGUUCAGGCAGGAAAACGUGGAUGACUACUAUGACACCGGCGAGGAACUUGGCAGUGGGCAGUUUGCAGUCGUGAAGAAAUGCCGUGAGAAAAGCACCGGUCUACAGUAUGCGGCCAAAUUCAUCAAGAAAAGGAGGACCAAAUCCAGCCGGCGGGGUGUGAGCCGGGAGGACAUCGAGCGGGAGGUCAGCAUCCUGAAGGAGAUCCAGCACCCCAACGUCAUCACCCUGCACGAGGUUUACGAGAACAAGACGGAUGUCAUCCUGAUCCUGGAACUCGUUGCAGGUGGCGAGCUGUUUGACUUCUUAGCUGAAAAGGAAUCUUUGACUGAAGAGGAAGCAACUGAAUUUCUCAAACAAAUCCUCAAUGGUGUUUACUACCUGCACUCCCUUCAGAUUGCCCACUUUGAUCUUAAGCCCGAAAACAUAAUGCUUCUGGAUAGAAAUGUUCCCAAACCUCGGAUCAAGAUCAUCGACUUUGGGUUGGCCCAUAAAAUUGACUUUGGCAAUGAAUUCAAAAACAUAUUUGGGACACCAGAGUUUGUCGCUCCCGAGAUAGUCAACUAUGAACCUCUGGGUCUUGAGGCAGACAUGUGGAGUAUUGGGGUAAUAACCUAUAUUCUCCUAAGUGGGGCUUCCCCAUUUCUUGGAGACACUAAGCAAGAAACGUUAGCAAAUGUGUCUGCCGUCAACUACGAAUUUGAGGAAGAAUACUUUAGUAACACCAGCGCCCUGGCCAAAGAUUUUAUAAGAAGACUCCUCGUCAAGGAUCCAAAGAAGAGAAUGACAAUUCAAGAUAGUUUGCAGCAUCCUUGGAUCAAGCCUAAAGACACUCAACAAGCCCUUAGUAGAAAAGCAUCGGCAGUAAACAUGGAGAAAUUCAAGAAGUUCGCGGCCCGGAAAAAAUGGAAACAAUCCGUUCGCUUGAUAUCACUGUGCCAAAGAUUAUCCAGGUCAUUCUUGUCCAGAAGUAACAUGAGUGUUGCCAGAAGCGAUGAUACUCUGGACGAGGAAGACUCCUUUGUGAUGAAGGCUAUCGUCCACGCCAUCAACGAUGACAACGUCCCAGGCCUGCAGCACCUCCUGGGCUCCUUGUCCAGCUAUGAUGUCAACCAGCCCAACAAGCAUGGGACACCUCCGUUACUUAUUGCUGCUGGCUGUGGGAAUAUUCAGAUACUACAGUUGCUCAUUAAAAGAGGCUCAAGAAUCGAUGUCCAGGAUAAGGGUGGAUCCAAUGCCAUCUACUGGGCUUCUCGGCAUGGCCACGUAGAUACCCUGAAAUUUCUCCAUGAGAACAAAUGUCCUUUGGAUGUGAAAGACAAGUCUGGAGAGACAGCCCUUCAUGUGGCAGCUCGCUACGGCCAUGCCGAUGUGGUUCAGUUACUGUGCAGCUUCGGCUCGAACCCUAACUUCCAGGACAAGGAAGAAGAAACCCCCCUGCACUGUGCCGCCUGGCACGGCUAUUACUCUGUGGCCAAAGCCCUUUGUGAAACCGGCUGCAACGUGAACAUUAAGAACCGAGAAGGGGAGACGCCCCUCCUGACAGCCUCGGCCAGGGGCUACCACGACAUCGUGGAGUGUCUCGCCGAACACGGAGCCGACCUGAACGCGUGCGACAAGGAUGGACACAUCGCUCUGCAUCUUGCUGUAAGACGAUGCCAGAUGGAGGUCAUCCACACGCUCAUCAGCCAGGGCUGUUCCGUCGAUUUCCAAGACCGGCACGGCAACACGCCCCUCCACGUGGCCUGCAAAGAUGGCAAUGUGCCGAUUGUGGUGGCCCUCUGUGAAGCCGGCUGCAAUUUGGAUCUCUCCAACAAGUAUGGACGGACACCUCUGCACCUUGCAGCCAACAACGGGAUUCUGGACGUGGUCCGCUACCUCUGUCUGACAGGCGCCAACGUGGAGGCGCUGACCUCGGAUGGAAAGACAGCGGAAGAUCUUGCUAAAUCGGAACAGCACGAACAUGUAGCAGGUCUUCUCACAAGACUCCGAAAGGACACACACCGAGGACUCUUCAUCCAGCAGCUGCGACCCACGCAGAACCUCCAGCCGAGAAUCAAACUGAAGCUGUUCGGCCACUCGGCGUCUGGGAAGACCACGCUGGUGGAGUCUCUCAAGUGCGGGCUGCUGAGAAGCUUCUUCCGAAGACGCAGGCCCCGGCUCUCCUCCGCCAGCUCCACCCGGUUCCCGCCCUCGCCCCUGGCCUCCAAGCCCACAGUCUCUGUGAGCAUCAACAACCUGUACCCGGGCUGCGAGAACGUGAGCGUCAGGAGCCGCAGCAUGAUGUUCGAGCCCGGCCUCACCAAGGGGAUGCUGGAGGUGUUCGGGGCCCCCGCCCACCACCCGCACUGCUCCGCCGAUGACCAGUCCACCAAGGCCAUUGACAUCCAGAACGCCUAUCUGAACGGAGUUGGCGACUUCAGCGUGUGGGAGUUCUCUGGAAAUCCUGUGUAUUUCUGCUGUUACGACUAUUUUGCCGCCAGUGAUCCCACGUCCAUCCAUGUCAUUGUUUUCAGUCUAGAAGAGCCCUACGAGAUCCAGCUGAAUCAAGUGAUUUUCUGGCUCAGUUUCCUGAAGUCUCUUGUCCCGGUUGAGGAACCCAUAGCCUUUGGCGGCAAGCUAAAGAACCCGCUGCGAGUUGUCCUGGUGGCCACCCACGCCGACAUCAUGAACGUCCCCCGUCCAGCUGGAGGCGAGUUCGGAUACGACAAAGACACCUCGUUGCUAAAAGAGAUCAGGAACAGGUUUGGGAACGAUCUUCACAUUUCAAACAAGCUGUUUGUUCUGGAUGCUGGGGCUUCUGGGUCGAAGGACAUGAAGGUGCUUCGAAAUCACCUGCAGGAAAUACGGAGUCAGAUUGUUUCGGUCUGCCCUCCCAUGACUCACCUGUGUGAGAAAAUCAUCUCCACGCUGCCUUCCUGGAGGAAGCUCAACGGGCCCAACCAGCUGAUGUCAUUGCAGCAGUUUGUGUACGAUGUGCAGGACCAACUGAACCCCCUGGCCAGCGAGGCGGACCUCCGGCACAUCGCGCAGCAGCUCCACAGCGUGGGCGAGAUCAACAUCAUGCAAAGUGAAACGGUCCAAGACGUGCUGCUCCUGGACCCCCGCUGGCUCUGCACCAACGUUCUGGGGAAGCUGCUCUCCGUGGAGACCCCGCGGGCCCUGCACCAUUACCGGGGCCGCUACACCGUGGAGGACGUCCAGCGCCUGGUGCCCGACAGCGACGUGGAGGAGCUGCUGCAGAUCCUGGAUGCCAUGGACAUCUGCGCCCGGGACCUGAGCAGCGGGACUAUGGUGGACAUCCCCGCCCUGAUCAAGACCGACAACCUGCACCGCUACUGGACGGACGAAGAGGACGAGGUGCGGGUCUACGGCGGGGUGCGCAUCGUCCCCGUGGAGCACCUCACCCCCUUCCCCUGCGGCAUCUUUCACAAGGUCCAGGUGAACCUGUGCCGGUGGAUCCACCAGCAGAGCGCGGAGGGAGACGCGGACAUCCGCCUGUGGGUGAACGGCUGCAAGAUCGCCAACCGCGGGGCCGAGCUGCUGGUGCUCCUGGUCAACCACGGCCAGGGCAUCGAGGUCCAGGUGCGCGGGCUGGAGACGGAGAAGAUCAAGUGCUGCCUCCUGCUGGACUCGGUGUGCAGCACCAUCGAGAACGUCAUGGCCACCACGCUGCCGGGGCUGCUGACGGUGAAGCAUUACCUGAGCCCCCAGCAGCUGAGGGAGCACCACGAGCCCGUCAUGGUCUACCAGCCGCGGGACUUCUUCCGGGCGCAGACCCUCAAGGAGACGUCGCUGACUAACACCAUGGGCGGCUACAAGGAGAGCUUCAGCAGCAUUAUGUGCUUCGGCUGUCACGACAUCUACUCGCAGGCCAGCCUGGGCAUGGACAUCCACGCGUCAGAUCUCAACCUCCUGACCCGGAGGAAACUCAGUCGCCUGCUGGACCCACCCGAUCCCAUGGGGAAGGACUGGUGCCUUCUCGCCAUGAACUUGGGCCUCCCUGACCUUGUGGCAAAGUACAACACCAAUAAUGGGGCUCCCAAGGAGUUCCUCCCGAGCCCGGUCCACGCCCUGCUCCGAGAGUGGACCUCCUACCCCGAGAGCACGGUCGGCAUCCUCAUGUCCAAACUGCGGGAGCUGGGGCGCCGGGACGCGGCCGACUUUCUCCUGAAGGCGUCCUCAGUGUUCAAAAUCAACCUCGACGGCAGUGGCCAGGAGGCCUACGCCUCAAGCUGCAACAGUGGCACGUCUUACAAUUCCAUUAGCUCGGUCGUGUCCCGGUGAGGGCAACCUUUGGCUUGGGCAGGGUCUGCAGAGGCAAGGGGGACACAGCCCAUCUUCACCACGGGGGGAGAUUCCGGAGCAUCCCUUCCUGUGCCCACAUCCCGAAGGACACCGCCCUCCGUCCCGCUUCACCUGUUUCUCUGCCACUACCUCCCUCCUCACACAUUCUGUUGUGGGUGAAUGGUCUUUCUAGUUGAAGAGCAGACCAUAUCCUUUCCUUUGGCCAUUUGAGAAGCUAGCCUCCCUCCGUCUCUCACCCUUUAGUACCUUGCUGCUUACUGAUAAUUUUACUGGAAUUCCUAACUUUUCAAUGAAUUUUUUUAAACUGUUAUAUUGAUUGUCCUUUAAAAAAAAAAGCGCACAUUUAUCCAAAAUGUGUAUUUCUUAUACUGUUUUCUUUGUUAUACCAUGUCCUCAGCUUAUCUCUUUUAUAUUUGUAGGAAAACUCCCACGUAAGGAAUCCCACUGUAUGAUUUAUAAACAGACAAUAUGUGAGUGCCUUUUGCAGAAGAGGGUGUGUUUGAAAUCAUCCAAGUCAGCCAGGAGCUGUCGUGAAAGAAACGCUCCCUCUCUGUCUCAUGCUGUAAUGCUGAUCAUCGCCAGAGGUGCUUCACCCGAGUUUUUUUGUUUUUGUUUUUGUUUCCUUUUCUUCUUCUUC